UUGACCAGUUUUGCCGCGCUCCAGGACCCACUUCCUUCGCUCUUAUUCUAACCUUCAUUAUUGUGGGGAACCUGCACAUUUGUGUUGACACCAGCUCAGGAGAACAAUGUAGGAAGACGUUGUAAAGACGGCGCAUGGUCCACCAGAGCUCUAGAUUCAGGAUUUUGCUCGACAACCUCACUAGGCGUUUCUGUUAGGGGGACUUGGUCGGUCGGUGCGUGUAGGGAGCAUUAUUAUUUCUAUGGGCAGUGCUUUGCUAUUAGUAGCAACAGUGCAGUGGUAACGUUAUAGGUGUAAGUUAGCGUGCCAGCCUGUCCUUUGCUUUCGAGUAUGCAGUUAUUGUACUCGUCUUUUCUGUCCUGUUUACCUUAAUUAUUUUAAUGUAACGCCGCUUAUGGAUUAGUGUGAGUCGCUGAAUUCAUUAUUUCACGCCAUAGACCCCUAAUUUAGCGGCUGCGCUUGCUGCUAGCAAGGAAACCGUGGCUGGCGCUCGGAAAAUGCCGUCUUCGAAGGAAGGCUUAACGGGAGAAGGUGACCUGGUUACUGUGAAACAUGAACUUACAAACGCCAACCUGACAGGUCAUGUGGAACGUGUAGGCAUCGAGAACUUUGAGCUGCUGAAGGUCCUGGGGACAGGAGCCUAUGGGAAAGUGUUUUUGGUGCGCAAGGUGAGUGGGCAUGAUUCAGGCAAGCUGUACGCCAUGAAGGUGCUGAAAAAAGCCACCAUCGUGCAGAAGGCGAAGACGGCUGAGCACACACGCACAGAGAGGCAGGUCCUGGAGCACAUCAGGCAGUCCCCAUUCCUUGUUACCCUGCACUAUGCCUUCCAGACAGACACCAAGCUGCACCUCAUCUUGGACUAUGUGAAUGGGGGAGAGCUCUUCACACACUUGGUGCAAAGGGUCCGCUUCAAAGAGCAAGAGGUUGCUUUGUACAGCGGCGAGAUCGUACUGGCACUGGAACACUUGCACCAGCUAGAGGUUGUCUACAGAGACCUGAAACUGGAGAACAUUCUUCUGGACUCAAAUGGACACAUCGUCUUAACAGACUUUGGUCUUAGCAAAGAGUUUGAUGAGGUAGAGAGGGCUUACUCUAUCUGUGGCACAAUAGAAUACAUGGCCCCUGAGAUUGUAGAAGGAGGAGAAUCUGGACAUGACAAGGCAGUGGACUGGUGGAGUCUUGGAGUUCUGAUGUACGAGCUCAUGACAGGCGGCUCUCCUUUCACCGUGGAUGGAGAUGAAAACUCCCACUCUGACAUAGCUAAGAGAAUCUUGAAGAAGGAUCCUCCUUACCCCAAAGACAUGGGGCCUCUGGCCAAAGACAUCAUUCAGCAACUCCUUAUUAAGGACCCAAAGGAAAGGCUGGGAUCUGGGCCCUCAGGGGCCCAGAAUGUUAAGAGCCAUCCAUUCUACCAGAAAAUUAACUGGGAGGAUUUGGCUGCCAAGAAGGUGCCUGCUCCCUUCAAGCCCGUGAUCCGGGAUGAGCUGGAUGUGAGUAAUUUUGCAGAGGAGUUCACAGAGAUGGACCCCACUUAUUCCCCUGCCGCACUGCCUCAGAACUGUGACCGUAUCUUCAAGGGCUACUCUUUCAUUGCUCCCUCCAUCCUGUUCAAGAGGAAUGUGGUGAUGGAUGACCCUAUUCAGCUGUGUGGUGGAGUAGACAGGCCUGGAUCUGCUGCAGUAGCACGCAGUGCCAUGAUGAAGGACUCCCCAUUCUAUAUAAACUAUGAGAUGGACCUGAAGGAGACAGCACUGGGGGAGGGCAGCUUCUCUAUUUGCAGGCAGUGCACACACAAGAAGAGUGGACAGAAAUAUGCAGUGAAGAUUGUUAGUAAAAGAAUGGAGGCACAAACGCAGAAAGAGAUAGCUGCUCUUAAACUGUGUGACGGACACCCCAACAUAGUCAAGCUACAUGAGAUCUACCAUGACCAGCUGCAUACAUAUCUAGUUCUGGAGCUGCUCCGAGGGGGUGAGCUGCUGGAGCGGAUCCGAAGGAAGCAGCACUUCAGUGAGACGGAGGCAAGUCGGAUCAUGCGCAGGCUGGUGUCCGCUGUGAGCCACAUGCACGAUGUGGGCGUGGUGCACCGAGACCUGAAACCUGAGAACCUGCUGUUCACUGACGAGAGCGAGAACUCAGAGAUCAAAAUCAUUGAUUUUGGCUUUGCUCGACUCAAACCACCUGACAAUCAGCUUCUGAAGACACCCUGCUUCACCCUACAGUACGCUGCUCCGGAGAUCCUCACCUAUGAUGGCUACGAUGAGUCCUGUGAUCUCUGGAGUCUAGGGGUCAUACUGUACACUAUGCUGUCUGGGCAGGUGCCCUUUCAGUGUCAGGAGAAGAGUCUGACCCACACCAGUGCAGAAGAGAUCAUGAAGAAGAUCAAACAGGGAGAUUUCUCGUUCCAGGGAGAAGCCUGGAGGAACGUAUCCCAACAGGCCAAGGAGCUAAUUCAAGAGCUCCUGACUGUGGACCCUAAUAAGCGGAUAAAGAUGUGUGAGCUGCGCUACAAUGCCUGGCUGCAGGACGACAGUCAGCUCUCCUCCAACCCCCUCAUGACCCCGGACAUCCUGGGCCUGUCCACUGCCUCUGUACACACCUGCGUCAAAGCCACCUUCAAUGCCUUCAACAAGUGUAAGCGGGAGGGCUUCCGACUGCAGACGGUGGAUAAAGCUCCCCUGGCUAAGCGCAGGAAGAUGAAAAAGACCAGCACCAGCACAGAGACGCGCAGCAGCUCCAGUGAGAGCACACACUCAUCCACUUCUUCCUCACAGUCUCAGGAGAAGACGCCGCCAGGUGGACAGAUGGCCACCAUGCCACAGCCGUCCAUCAGCACUCCCCUCACGCUGGGGCCUGAUGACGACGAGCCUUCCCAGAGCCAGCCCCAGUCUGCCUUCACUUUCUCUGAGUGAGACAUGCAUAAAAAACACCCGUCACACCCUCUGUCUGUCUCUUGGGCUUUCCUCUGUCACACAUGGCCCUAGCGCACUCUUCUGUACCAAGCAUGCGGGGGUACAGAAGCCCCAGCCAAAGUCCCGCCCCUCUCAAGCCCUUGGCUAGCAAUAGAUGAGUAACGCAGGGCCCAGCAGCGUGGGAGAGUCUGAGAAAGGCUUUGAUCGCUGGCUUGGACCAGGCCUAGUCCCACGCUCCUGACCCAAAAUGACCAGGCCUCCAGCAUCUGCUGUAUCUCACACACGGAGUUUCACUCCAAAAGCAUGAGACCACCCCCUAACUGUAUUGAAGGGUCCAGUUACUUGCGCUGUCCUGCCACUUCAGGCUAAGCCAAAAGAAAAAAAAGAAAAAAAAUUAAUGAAGAAAGAGUAUUUAUUCUAAAAGAACAUAGAACAUAUAAGAAGAAGUUUAUAUACUGAGCUUUAUUGUUUAUAUGUUAAGUUAUUAUUCUUAUAUCAGACUGUCCCAGUCAGAAGAUGUCCUUGUGAAAAUACUUGUGAAGUCUGUUCUCACUGACCACUGUGCAGGUCAGAACUACGUGGUACUGUAGCUUUUGCUUGAUUUCGUGCAGGCCUGUUAAGUCUGAAGCUUCUUCCAUACCGAGUUUAACGGUGAAGUAGCAGUGAUUUGUUUGAGUGAAUUCAAACAAAUCUUUUUUUUCUACCCUUGACAAGGAAGGCCAGAUAACAGCCUGUUUCGAAGUUGUAAUUUGUCAUUUUAAGCAGUUAAAGUAGAGGCGUUAUUUUUGAGUAAAGAGGGUUAUUUUGUACUUGAAACUUAUUCUAAAAAAAUGCAGAAGGAAAAACACAUGUAAGGACAGCCACUGUAUGACAGCACACAGUGCUAGAUAAGGGCAAAAUAGUGUUGAGAAGAUGCAAUCAGUCAAACAUUUUUUCUUCAUUCCAACUCCAGCUGUGGAUUGUCUCUAGCAAGUUGUUUGCUAUGGCUGGAGUUUUUAAUUGACUGGUGAGGAUUGAGGCUCUGCUUUUUGGCAGCCAGAAUAAAGAAUAAGUGUUUAACAACCUGCUUUAAAGGUACAAGAAAACGUUUUAACCAGAUGUAGGGAUGUCCCAGUCUAGUUCUUUUUGCCUCCAAUCCAUCCAAUCCAAGUACUUUAUUGCUAUAUAUUGGCCAAUACCGCUCCAACUACUAACUGCUAACUGCUAACGCCACUUAAAAGUGGCCAAAUCGUGGAAGACAAAAUUUUCAGUCAAGUCUACAGCGGUUUAACUCCGCCUAUUUGUGCUGAAGUUGAAUAGUGUUUCCGUGAUAGUUUCGUUUUUAACCAGGUGCGACUCUUGAGUGAAAAACGUGGCAGGGAUUUAUUUUUUUACUUGCUUCUAGUGGAAUACCACUAAUGGUAUUGACAGAAAGUAGACUGGAAGAAUAAUAAAUGCUUGCUCACAGUUUAUGUGUCAGUGUUUAGAACGUCAAAUAUGAUUAGUUAACUGUAAAAUAGUUAAACACUGCACACAUGUAGAUCUCUAACUAUAUUUUAACAAAUAACACAUGCUUGGAUUGGCUCAGGAUCCUUUGGACCAGAUCUGGAGGUCCCUACAUUGGCAGCAGUUAUGGUGACGUGAAUAAGAUAUUGCAGCAGUCAGAAAACAAUGUUCUAUGGAGGCUUAUAGACUAUUAGAUAUUUCUAGACUGAGAAUUUAUUUUUUUUUUACUCUGGUCAGGUUGAAAGUGGAUAUUGCCUCAUUUUACAAUAUCAAAUCGAGCAGCAAGUCAAUGUGACUGCUGAGUUAAACAUAAAUCUAAGGUACCUUUAAAGUUAUAUGAGCCAAGUAUUGUAUUAUAGAACUGAGAAAAGUAACUAUCAUCAAUGUGCCAUUUUCUAAGUAAUAAACUAGCAGAGUGGUGUUCAGAGUACUGUGUAGAACAAAAGAUAGCUUCACCAUGUGAUCAGGGCUCAUAUGCAUGGCUGGUUGCCUCUACAUAUUACAUGACCUGUAUCAAUCGCAGAGCACUUCUCUCUACCUCCCAUGCUCAAAGCAGGAUUGGUGGUAAUUGAACUAAGUUUGCAUCUUCUUCCUCUUUGCAUCCUGAGUUUUUUCCCCUAUCGUGUUGAAUUGUUGACAGCACACCAGCAUGCAAUCACCUUAAAGGAUUCUCCUUAUUAUAAAAUGCUUGGCACAGUACAAGCACAUUCUACUCUUGCAAGCACUACAAAGGCUUCCCACUGAUAACCGAAGGCACUAAACUCAUUAACGUUGUUGACUUGCUAUGCAAAAACAGCCACUUUCCUUCCUUCAGCAUUAACUUUUAUGAAUAGCCUAUCUGCAAGGGCCAUUAUGCAUUAUAAACGAGUGAGCAAAAAAUAUCAUGCCUCAUGAAGGCUCUUUAAAGCUGACCAGCCAGCAUGUUAACACCAUCCUACAGUAGGACCUUCAGUGGUUCAACCCCUUAAACUAAAGGGCCUGUACGGGAGGUACCCUAAUAACUAUACAACCUGUAUAUUAGCUACAUUAGGUACUUACCUAAUGAUUUAUAGUUGUUACUGAAUAAUAAAUCUUAAUGUUAACAACUGAAUAAUAAGCCUGCAGUUUAAGGGGUUAAACAGUUCUUCUGUCUGUGCACUGAAGAAAGCCAUGACAUCCACAAGCUUAAAUAAGGAAGGCUCGUCUAGAGUCUGCCACAGAUACACACACGUUGCACGUACAAAUGUUCAUGCAUGACAGCACUGGUGCUCCUGCUUAUAUGACAUUGCAACAGCAAUAAGAACAUCCAUAAUGCAGCUCACUACAGUGUCGCAGAGAGUUUCUCUGUUAGGCUUGUUCAGCUCUACUCCAUUGCCACUCUGUGCCACUCCCCUGGAGCUCCAUCAUUACUGCUCCACUCUUUCUGUUUUUGGUGUAUUAAUAGAAGAGAAGAGAGAAAGAGUGUGUGUGGGUGUGUGGGUGUGUGUGUGUGUGUGUGUGUGUGUGUGCGCGUCCUACAUUGAACCCUCCUCAGGGAGUGGAGGCUUUAUUAGUUGCUUUGCUGCGGUCCUGUUUGUCCUCGGGGACAUUAAGCAGCCCAGCUUGUUCUCCCACUGCAAAGGACACAGAGAUGAACUACAUGGGAACAUAGAGUGAAGAGCAGUCAAGGUUUUUAGGAUUAGAAAUAAGCUGAGAUAAGGGUGGGCAAUAUGACAAUAUGUUAUUGUUAUUGUGUGUAGAGAUGGCACUGAUCAGAUACCAGGUGGAUCAGAUAUUGAAGGGGAAAAAAAAUUGAGUCCAGUCCAAUAAUGUAACAAAUCUAGCCUGAAAUAGCUCACGUUGCAUGGUCAUGUUUGUUGUCAUUGUGCUUAGAGAUGGCACAGAUACAACAGCAGGUAUCAGUAUCGAGCCGAAAUCAAAAGUAAAUACUGAAUCGGAUAUCAGAGGGGAAAAGGAAUUAAUUCAAUCCCGUCUUCUAACAGUUCUAGCUUGAAAUAACUCACAUUGUUUGAUUUCAUGUUGUGGACAAAAUGGUAAUAUAUUAUCACUAUUGGUCCGAUAUGUGCAGAAAAUGCUGGAUCGGAUAUUAGAGAGGAAAAAAGAGUGAAUCUGAUCCAAAUCAAUCUGAUCUUACCCUGAAGUAGCCACACUCACACUGUGAGUAUUUCUUACUUUGUGAGGUAGUAGAGAAUUAGAUUAGUCUAGCAUGAUAGCCCACUUUUAGAUACUGGUUUUAAUUGAAGUACUUCAAUUAAAAAUAGCUCAUUUUAGUUUUUAAAAAAGAAACAUCGGAUUAGUUCGGCCAAUGCUCAAGCACAUCAGUAUUGGUAUUGGAAAACAAAAAAGUGGUCUUGUGCCUUUGCUAAUCAUGAUAGAUUACAAGGUGCUUUUUUGAGCAUGUCUUGGAUGUCAACAGUACUUGAGAAAUACUUCUAGUUAAUAACUGCAUGUUAUAAAAAAAAACUAUGGUCUACUAUGUAGACCAGCUCAGCUAUUCAAAGUGUGUUAUUUUCAAAUGAUAUUUAUUUUGUAUGCCCAUGAAAGGUUACACUGGUAACUUACAACAACACGGUCCAAGUAGGCACAUGUGCUGAAAAGCAUAGCAUUUAAACUGGAAACUAGAAACGAAAUGUGCUACAUUUUCUCAUUAAAUUGAAUGGGAUGCCAGCAUCCUGUAAAGCUUGUCCAUUCUGGUUAUGAAAGAACGCAUUUGUUGGCAGAGCAUGGAUAGUUCAUUUACAGAGAGCCGGUAUGCAACAACAAAAGCAACCAGUGUUUAGUAACUGCAUAGUAACAAGUAGGGGAUCAGAUGUCAGCCCAUUGUAUAGCAUUAUUUUAUUUUAUUAAUUUAUGUUAGCAAUUUUUGAUUUUCCCUCCUGUUCCUUCUUAAUAAGUUUAUUUUUGCAAAAAAAAAAAAUCAAUUUAGUCAGUUUUUUUAGUCACUGUCUUUUACAAAGGCAUCUAUAAAUGUAAUAUAAUAAAUCACAAAUCUCAGAAACAUUAUGGUAUAUAUCAUGUAUAGUGAAAGUGUGUAUGACAAUAUUAUUUUUUUGCAUAUUGUCCACCCUUGUGAGAGCUUGUCUUUGAUGAAGAUGUGCCGGAGCUGUUUGGACUUGAUGUCAGGGCCUGUGCCUCUCUUACAGACUGUGAGGUCAGCACUCUGUUCUACUGUUUCAUUCAUCUGUAAAACACUUCUGUUUGGAGUCCGCCGGUGCCAUGAGCUUUAGGUUUGGCUGGCUGCGUGAGGGUUUCAUGUAUAGUCUAGUGGGUACCAUUUACCGUUUGCUGAGGUAGAGAGAACACAUAACGUAACUGCGUGCCCUUGAAAAGAGCUCGUUCUCUUUGAUCUGAGCACUCCUUCAUCACGAGUUAUUGUUGGCCUACUUUAAUGCUCUCAGGAGCUUGGUUAAUUGUGUGGCCCUUUUUUCCUGCUAUUGUAGCAGAGGUUCCAGUGUGAGUACGUAUCUCUUCUGCGCUGGCAGCGGUCAGCCCUGCCAGCUCACUCUUUCAUCUACCCGCGGAGGUGGAGUGAUGCUCCAUGAUGAUGUGGGCAGAGAGAGCGUCAACAUAGCUCUCAGGCGUUCAGUCCUGCACAUUGCAGCCUGUUUAGCCUGUUUUUUAGAGAGAAUGUGGCUCUAGUAUGCUUGUUUUUUAUUGUUGUGGUGUUGUGGUACGGUUUGUUGCAUUAUGGAAUGCAUACAAUGCAUAUUAUGUUGGAUAAAGGAAGACUGAAAAAAAUGUGUGACUUUACAAAAUACAAAUGUGUGCAUCAUUCCCCAAUGAAUAAAAUAUAUUACAUCAACAUAAUUUUGUUUUUCAGUUUGCUUACAUUUGGCAACAAUAGUGUUGAUUUAUUUUAUCCAUGUGGAAAUGAUGAAUCUAGGACUGUCACUAUAGGCUACAUUAGUGAUCCAGUAAUAUACAUGCAAUUUAUAACAGUAGACAUUUAUUUUUGCUUCAUAUAUGUGAAAUUUGUGACUACAAAGUUGUAUUAAUGCGAUCCUGCUGGUGUGGCUUUACUCUAUUUCAAUGAUUAGCACAAAAGCGAUUUGACAGCUAACGUUCAGACUGCUGAACACAGCUUUACAGUGACCUGUGGAUACCCUUCUUAUCACUCAAAUGGCAAAGUAACUACUAAGCCAAUUUAUUAAAAUUGUAUAUUUCAAUAGAUUAAUAUUUCUAAUUGAGUUUUUUCAAUCAAUUUGAAUUGAUUUUAAAUGAUUAAUCGUGACAGCCCUGGAUGUAUCAAGUAAAUUCAACACAUUCCUUUUUUCAGUGUGGCCUAAAAAGGUGGUUUUAAGUGAUGAGUCAUUUUUUAAAAGUGGCUAGGGAACAAAAAUUUACCUCUCAUGCACUUCCAAAGGCCAUGGAUGGGACAUUGAGCUGGUCUUGCAGUACCUUCCCUUUUUUAUAAUAGUGAGUAAGCAACAUUGCUGAGCAAUUAUUCUCAGUAAAAAAUGGUUGAUGUGCUUAUGUGCUUCUGUGUGGGAAAUCAAGCUUUUUAAGAAGGGCAGUUGAUUGUUUCAAAAAUAGGAAAAAGUCCAGACUUUAGGUGAUAUGAGUUUUAUCCAGCUACAUAAGCUGCCUACACUCCCACACUGUGUAAUCUUGUCUCUGAACUCUGGAGGUUGUGUUUGCAUUUCUUUUGAAAAGCCUUCUGUGUUUCUCUCCAGUGUUGGAAGACGCCGUAGCCCCAGGUGGGCUAGUGUCUCCUCUCAAUGUGAAAGAAAAAAAUCAUUUAUGGAAUUUCAUUUUAUACAUAUUUUAUCCAUUUAUUUGAUUUUUUAUUUUGCUUGCCAAAGCUUUGAUCUGUAGCACUGAAGCUUGAUGCAAAUCCUCAGCUUCAUACAACAAAAACAAGCUUUAAACCUCUGUUCUGUAUUAUCACGUCUUUCAAAACCUUCUGUUUGACAUCAGGUCAGAACUAAUUUAUAUUGAAAUUGAGAAAAAUUGUGCUUCCCUCUGGCAGAAGUGUCCAGCGGUCACUGCUGGACCGCGCUGGUUUAUAUUGACACACACAUCA